AGAGGGAGAGUCUGCGUUGCUAUUGAGAGCAUGGAUAAAUAUUAAGCAAGAUCGCAUUCGGAAACGGAAUAGUUAGGAACAAGCCUGGUUACAGAGGAGAUCUGAAAUUCAAAACCAGCUGUUACACACUGAUGUUUUAGCAAUGCGGAAGGAUAGCUGACUUUUCGAUAAGGUAUCGCAGCACUCAUCCGCGAAUAUCCAUAAUGGGGAAGCUACUUUCAGCAACACGUUCACUGGGACUGCGGUACGCCGUUGUUUUGCUUUACAUUUUAGCUGGCGGAGCAAUAUUCGUUGCCAUAGAAAACAAAAGCCUUGAGGACGAGAGAGAGCGAAUAGAAGUGGAAAUGAUGCAAAUCGCGUCGAAGAAGGAACUUUUGAGACAACAACUUUCAGCACAACUGAACGUGCCAGUGAACGUGAGCAUAUUUGAAAAUUUACAAGUGCGAUACUGUUAUGGUGUGAUUGUGCCAACAUGUGAUUCUACACGCAUUAUGACAAUAUUCUACGCCAUUUUUGGGAUCCCGCUUUUUCUCUAUGCCAUGGCAGCAGCUGGAGAGUUGAAAAAAGAGCUGUGCGACAGAAUUCUGCAGCUAAUUGAGACGAAAUUGCUUAAAACUCAUAGCAUACGUUAUAAACACGCAAAGGUGUUGGUUAUAACGCUAGUUUUUCUCAUGAUAGAGCUUAUGAUAGCUUCUGCAGCUGUUUAUCAAGAAGAAGACUGGUCGUUUUUCAUCGCAAUGUAUUUCUGGUUCAUAACCGCAAGUACCAUUGGAUUUGGUGACUACGUACUGAGUUUUAAUGGCAAUAACCAAGUGACAUCUGGGAUGAUGGUGGCAGUCAUACUUGUGACUUUGAUUCUAAUGAGUGAUCUGGGCUGUUUCUUCAGUACGAUUUCAGAGUUGUUGGAAGAGAGAGGCAAGAUUCCUGUCAAAAAUAAGUGUUCCUGUUUUGGGUUGGGAACAGAAAAAAACGAAAAUUCAGUGGAAGAGCCACCCCUAGAAAUGAAAAAAGUCGAGAGAAGCACUGGGUUUCAGAAUAACGGUAUAACUUUUUGAAAUAUAAAUCAGACCAGGGGGCAAAAAAGCAGAGAGGGGGAAAAAGAGCAAAGGUGACAAAAUCAGAGACACUAUGAAAUCAAUAGAGGCAGCACGAGCUGUACAUAAUUUUUAACAAUCAAACGAAUAGAAAUGUCGUUUCAAAUGAGACGCACUAAAUGGCAUAAUGCUGUUAUCACUCUGGGCACAUGCUAUACGCCUUGGGAACUUGGUGGCUAGGCCAUUCGGUUUCAUGAAACAUAUUCCUCGUAGAGACAAUUGCCUCAGCUGUCAUGCUUUAAAGACGCCUUUUUAUAUCAUUUGAGCAAUUCAUCUACUCAACAAAAA